AUGAAACGGCAGCUGAGCAACAGCAGCAACUGCAGCAAGAGCAGCAACUGCAGCAAAAGCAGCAGCAGCAGCAAAAGCAGCAACUGCAGCGACCGGAGCAGAAGCAGCAACAGCAGCAAAAGCAGCAGAAGCAACAAAGCCAGCAACAGCAACAUGGAUCUUCCGGAUCCUGCUCACGGCGGAGGGAUGCUUGCUCCGGGUAACGCUGAAACAGCAGCAACUGCUACGGCGAAUCCUGCAACAGGUGCUGCUGAAGGGCACCAGAUGUCGGACGGGUCAAGUUCGUCAUCGAUUCAUGGCGGUAGUAGUAUAAGCAGCAGCGUCGUAUCUUCAUAUCGGUUUAGUAGCAGCGCUGCGAACAACAACAGCGCCAGCAGCGCUGGCUACAGUGGCAACAGCGGCAGCAGCGGCGGCGGCAGCUGCAGAAGCAGCUUCGUCUCUUCAGUGCGCAACAGCAGCAGCAACAGCAGCAUUAGCGUCUCUUCUGUUCGCGGCACGACUAUUCACCGUGCCAGUAGCAAGCAUCAGCAGCAGCAACAACAGCAGCGGGGUCCGACUUCUGGGGGGAAGAAGGCACGGUGUCUGGGCACCAACCAGUGGGUUGCAGCACUUUUCAAGCCAACGGGGGAGCACAGACUGGCUAAGAUUUUGUCAGUGAGGACCCACGGCGAGACGGGCUCGCACCUGCCAGAUGAGGUGAUGCAACCAGGGCUUGCCAGACAGUUGAGAAGCAGCAGCAGCGGUUGCAUCAGCAGCAUCAGCAGCAUCAGUAAGAGCAGCACCAGCAAGAGUUCAGCCUCAAAGGCGGGGGGUUCUUCCACCUUCGAUCCAGCAGGCAGCAGCACCAGCGAAACAGCAGCAGGAGCAGCGUGUCCUAGCGCUUAUGAAUAUUACGUUCACUACCGCCUGACCAACCGACGACUAGACUGCUGGUUGCGGUUUUCUGACUUGCUUCCCGUAAAUGCACGGGGGCAGGUCUUGCUGCCUACGGGUUUCGAUCAGCACGGCACCUCACGGCAAGCAGGUGCUGCGACUGGAGCCGCAGCAACAGGAGCAGCCGAUACAGCAGCACUAGAGGCAGUGCGCGACGAAGCGACAGCAGAUGCUGAUAGGACAGAUGAGCACAUGCCAAAGCGAAUGAAGGUGUUUCACGAAAGCGUGGUUGCCUCUGAUGCUGCUGCUGCGUCUGCUACUAGUGCUUCUGCCAGUCCACCUCAAGAGCCAGUGGAUGCAUCCCCAGCAGCAGUAACGCCACCAGCAGCAGAACACAAAGGGGAAGAUGAUUGCGCCGCGGCUGCCGCUGCAUGGAAGCGACUUGAGCAGGAGCGGCAUGCAGAAGCUGAGGAGCUGAAAGCGCUGCUCUUUGACCCUUCACUUGUCUUUUCAGACCACGACGACGAGGAGCACGAGGGCAUGGACUCAGCGACGUUGGCGGCGCAUGAAGAGGCGACACGCGUGAAGACGGUGAACAAGAUAUACUUUGGGGGUCAGGAGAUUGACACAUGCUUGUCCAUGUUUGAAGUCGACGGCAAGUCAGCGCGAGUGUACAGCGUAGGUGCCCUUUACCUCGAAGCCAGCAGCAACAUACGUGGAGCUUGUACCAGCGGGACAGCUGCAGCAGUAAGGCAAGGAACAGCAAAAGCAGGAGCACGGGAAGUAGCAUGUGACUGUGCGCAUGUUGUACAGGAGAACUUGUGCUUUUUGGCGAAACUCUUCCUGGACCAUAAGACGCUUCAGUUUGACGUCGAGCCCUUCCUGUUCUACGUCCUUACAGAGGAAAAGGUGUCUCUUCAAGGGUACAAUCUCGCCUGUAUUUUGACACUCCCGCAGCACCAGCGCAAAGGCUACGGCCGUUUCUUGAUAUCUUUUAGCUAUGUACUGUCAUUGAAGGAAAAUAAACGCGGGGGACCGGAAAGGCCCCUCUCCGACUUGGGGCGACUUAGUUACAUUGGUUGGUGGAGUUGGCGGCUGCUGAACCUACUCUCAGAGCCACAAUGGAUGGCCAAGAAGCGCGUGUCCAUACACGAGUUGGUGCGAGCUACAGCCAUCCGCCCUGAGGACAUUCAGAGGACCCUCGAGGAAAUUGGCGUGCUCAGAGAGGCAGGCUCGGGAGGGGUGCCUGUACACCCGGAAAAGCUUCACUUUUCUCCUUACCACCAAGGACCUCCUCAGCCUAACGAGAUGAUGCCUCCCGCCGUAGCAGAAGAGGACUAG